AUGUACAGCAAGAAGAGCGAAAUGUGGUCUCUUGGCGUCGUGUUGUACGAGGUUAUGGCGCUGCGGCGACCCUUUGGAGGGAGUAAUAUGGAUGAGCUCAUCAACAACAUCUGCAGUGCGAACCGCCGGCCCCUGCCGAAUUACCUUUCCGAGGAGCUGGUCGGGGUGUGCGAUCAGUUGCUCUCGGUGAACCCCGAGAAGCGCCCCUCGCUGCGCGCCCUCUUCCAACAGCCUUUCAUCGCCAAGAAUUUGAAAAUUCUUCAACACAGUGUAGAGCGGCAUAACCGCAUCUUGGAGCAGAUCCGCGCGGAGAUUUCGCAGUGCAUUACAAACAUCCUUAGCUGUGAAAAGCAGAGUGGCGAGGUGGUCAAGGCGUGCCCGCGCAAGGGGAUCGUCAAGCGCCAUACAGCGGGCUCCGGGUGGCAGGACUGCGAGCUGGCGCUCACCGACGAGGAGAUCACGAUGCGGCACCUCGACAAUGGCAAGACGGAAACCGCGCCGUUAUCCGCUCUGACAUCAGUCUGCCCAAUUGAUGAACCGAUUGCGGGAGAGCGCUUCGUUUUCGCGGUUAGAAAGCACUCCGGGAAGGCAUAUUGGUUUAAGGUCGGCGAUAAGGCGACGUUUGAGGCGUGGAUGACUGCUCUUCAGGUCGCAGUUAGGUAG